GUUUGUUUUUUCUGCUGGCGUCGCCCGGUAAUCGGAGCAGCACUGGCGGUCAGUGUUUAGCGUGUGCUAUUGUGUGCCACGAAACAUUCGUUAGUUACAUUAAAUAGAUGCUGCGAUGCCAGACGUAACUUUGAAGGGAGCCGAGUGCAAAAAACAAACGCUGAGAGGGCUGUAGUUCUUUGUUGCUGUUGAAGCAGGGGACGUUUGCAGAUACUCUCGGACGGGCCGAGGCGAGCGGAGCAGCUCUGCAGUAAAAUGGCAACCCCCUAUGUCACAGAUGAAUCCGGAAAAUACAUUGCUGCCACUCAACGUCCUGAUGGAACAUGGAGGAAGCCCAGGCGGGUGAAGGAUGGUUAUGUCCCCCAAGAAGAAGUUCCGGUUUACGAAAACAAGUAUGUCAAGUAUUUCAAGAGCAAACCAGACCUGCCACCUGGCCUGAACACAUCUGAUGCUGAGCCAAAGCACCAACAGAAAAUCCCUGGUUGUUGUGACAGUGAGGCUACCAGUCUCUCAAAGUCUGCCAAACGCAGUAUGAAACGUAAAGAAAAACGUAAACAACAACAGCAGCAGCAGCAGCCAGGCGAGGAUGGGGACAUGGAUAUAGAAUCUGUCAGCGAAGCUGUUGAGGAGAUGUCUGUUUCAGAGGGUGCCGAGCCUUCAAACCAGGCAGCAGCUCCAGUGUCCUUCUCUUCUCCCACCGAUUCUUCAGCAGCAGCUGAAAAGGCCAAAAAGAUUAAAAACCUGAAGAAGAAGCUGAGGCAAAUUGAGGAAUUGCAACAGAAGGUAGACUCAGGGGAAAUAAAACAACCAACAAAAGAUCAAUUGGAAAAGCUCGGUCGGGCAAAACCCUUACGAGAUGAGUUGAAGCAGCUUGAGAAGGAUUCUUGAAGCAAUAAAGGUCAGAUUUGGACUGACAGGACAUACAGACUACAUACUGAAAGACAAGGACGGGGUCUUUUCAGCUUUGUGAUUUUAGCUUCCAUCAAACGUAUUCUACUUAUUUGAUAUUCACCAACAACUUCAGCUGAGGAAGUGAACACAGUCUGAUCACCUUUCAAGGCAGAGA